AUGGCGGACAUCGGACUUCAAGAGUCGCUCUUGCGGCUCGUGGAAAAGGCAGAUGGUGGGAUUGACACUCAGGAUGUGGCAAAUAGUCUCGGGGUAGACCAUCAAGUCAUUGUAGGGGUUGUGAAGAGUCUACAAGCUCUGGGCGACGUGAUUUCUGCGGAGCAGCGAUCCUCGAAGCACUGGGAGCUGACGGGAGAGGGCUGUGAGAUUGUGGAGCAGGGCAGUCAUGAGGCACGGGUCUUCAGAUCCAUCCCUGAGGAAGGUCUGCCCCAGAACGAACUCAUGAAACUGCCCAGUGGAAAGGUCGGCUUCAGCAAAGCCAUGUCUAACAAGUGGAUCCGUGUGGAUAAGGGACAUCAGGGAGGACCAAGAGUCUUCAAAAUGGUGGAAAACAUUGAGGACGCAGUGAGAGAGAAGUUACUGCUGGUUCACACUGGCCAGGCCUCUCAGCUGGAUGACAAGGAGAGGAAUGAGCUGAAGAAGCGCAAACUACUCACUGAAGUGACCGUGAAGUCCUACUGGAUCGCUAAAGGGAGCUGUUUCAGCACCACCAUCACCAAACAGGAGACAGAGCUAACUCCAGAGAUGAUUUCCAGUGGGAGCUGGAGGGAGAAGAAGUUUAAGGCCUAUAAUUUUGAAGCGAUGGGGGUGCCUCCAGACUGUGGUCACCUCCACCCUCUGAUGAAGGUCCGCUCCCAGUUCAGACAGAUCUUCCUGGAGAUGGGAUUCACUGAGAUGCCUACCAAUAACUUCAUUGAGAGCUCUUUCUGGAACUUCGAUUCCCUGUUCCAACCUCAGCAGCACCCAGCAAGAGAUCAACAUGAUACCUUCUUCCUAUCUGAACCUGCUUUGGCCCAUAAGUUUCCUCAGGACUACCUGGAGAGAGUGAGAAAGGUCCAUUCUGAGGGAGGCUAUGGAUCACAGGGGUACAAAUAUGACUGGAAAAUAGAGGAGGCUCAGAAGAACAUUCUCCGUACACACACAACUGCCGUCAGCGCUCGUAUGCUUUACAAACUUGCACAGCAGGAGAAGUUCACUCCAGUCAAGUACUUUUCCAUAGACAGAGUGUUCCGGAACGAAACUCUGGACGCCACCCACCUGGCCGAGUUCCACCAAAUUGAGGGGGUGGUGGCUGACUAUGGCCUAACCCUGGGUGACCUUAUGGGUGUUCUCCAUCAGUUCUUCACCAAACUGGGGAUCACAAAAUUGCGUUUCAAGCCUGCUUAUAACCCUUACACUGAGCCCAGUAUGGAAGUGUUCAGCUACCAUGAAGGUUUGAAGAAGUGGGUGGAGGUGGGUAAUUCAGGGGUGUUCAGGCCUGAAAUGCUUCUGCCAAUGGGGCUUCCAGAGGAUGUGUCAGUCAUUGCCUGGGGCUUGUCCCUCGAAAGGCCCACUAUGAUCAAGUAUGGCAUCAACAACAUUCGGGAGCUGGUGGGACACAAGGUCAACUUACAGAUGGUCUACGACAGUCCUUUGUGUCGUCUGGAUUAAAAUUUUACUCAGGCACAUCAGUGGGCCGGCCAUUCAUAUAAUUGGGUCCUGUUUAUGCAAAACCGUUCUCUUACAUUUGCCAUUCUUGGAUUUUAUUCAGGUUGACUGGCAUUGUGACAUAUUUAUUCUGUAUUCAAGGGAAACGUCCACAGCUAAACUGAUUUGACUCAUUCUUCAGGAGAGAGACAAACGACAGAGUAACAGGCUAUAGAGAGAGGGUUAUAUCUCUUCAUUGUAUCUGGGUUUUUUGUUUUUUUUCCUCGAUUAAAAGCCCGUGUCACAGAAGUCAGAUUUGUUUAAUUUAGUCGGAAUGAUAGACUGCAGAUGUCUGCUAUCUGUCAACAGAUCCUGAGGCUCUGAGAGACACUGUAAACAUGAUGACUGUUAAUCUCUACCUGAAGUAAUGAGACUGUUUACUUUUCCUUUUCAUUAGCCUGUGUGUACAACUGAUGCCAUUGAUUUGCUAUGUAAAAAAACCCCAAAAAAACACCCGCAUUAUCCUGGGUAUAAUGACCAUCCAUGCAACUGAACACAUUGUAGAAGUAAUAAA